CGUUAGAAUAUAAUAUAUUAUAGAAUUUUAACAUCAUCUUGAUCUUUUGACUGAGUUGAUUUACUGACGCUACAUAAACACGAGUUUACUGAUGCGAGCCAUAUACACAAUACACAUCGAUCAGAAAACAAUGGCCCUGCAAAUCCACAACAUAGUCUCAUCAGCACUCAUCUUGAUAAUCACCCUUUCAUUGAAUACCAUAACACAAGCUCAUUUUUCUGAAGAAUCUGUAGUAAAAUCACCCCCAAAACUAACCAAACUCCAUUUUUACUUCCAUGACAUACCAAAUGGAAAGCAUCCAACAGCAAUCAUCAUAGCAAGGCCAGAAAACCAAACCACAAUUGGGUUUGGUACCCUUGUUAUGGCUGAUGACCCUUUAACUGAAGGUCCUGAAAUCAGCUCCAAACUGGUUGGUAGAGCUCAGGGGAUGUAUGGUGAAUCUUCUCACACUGAAUCAAGCUUGAUAAUGACCAUCACAUUUACGUUCACAGACAACAUAUAUAAUGGGAGUAGUAUUAGUAUCUUGGGCCGAUAUCGGGUUUCUGAGAAGCAGAGGGAGAUGCCAAUUGUAGGUGGGAGUGGUGUUUUCCGUCUAGCUCGAGGAUAUGCUUUGGCUAAGACAUACAAGUAUGACCUUAAAACUGGGGUGGCUGUUUCUGAGUACAAUGUGUUUGUUUUGCAUCAUAUUCAUGAUACUUCUUUAAUGCAUUGAGUUAUAUGGUGUUUGCUUAAUGUCUAUUAGCUUCUACUAUAUACAACUUCAUGUUGCCAUGCUUACCUUGUAGGCUUGUACCUUUAUUUUGUUAUGUGGAAGAUCAAAUGCUUCUUAUGCU